AUGGGCAGCUUUUCACUACAAUCUGCUGACAGCAUUUUCUGCUCACCAAUGUAUUCCGCUGUGAUUUUUAUUUUUGUCGCGUCAACUAAUGCAAUACCUUUGAACUAUAAGGAUGCUAACGAAAUCCAUGCGUGGAAAUGGAAUUCUACUCGGACUGGCAGAAUACUAGCUGAUGAGUUGCCAUUAUCACCUUUAGAUUCGAUUGCAAGAGCGAAUAAAGUUAGUUCGAUCGCAUUCGAAACUUUCGGUGAAUUAAAUCAAUUUUGGGGCAAUGCAAUUCGAUUUUUACAGUACUUGGCACAGAUCUUUGAGCCUAUAUUGACUGCUCUAAUAGAAACAAUUUUCCCUGACUCAAUUCAUGAUCUGAAUCAGAAAGUGAUAACUCAUCCUUCCACCGCCAAGCCACAGCCUUCAGCUACGGCAUCGUUUGCAGCUUUUUAA